UGUGUGCUGGAGCUGGUCUGCUUCCUGCUCAGCUGUCCCCCCACACUCCACAGCGGACCCGGGGACGAGCUGCAGCGUCGCUUUGCAAACCUUCACAGAACUCUCACCAGGAGGCCAAGAUGAAGCUGUUGUGGAUGAGCGCAAUCUUCUGCCUUUUUGCCUUCCAUCUCAGUGUGGCCAGAGUCAUCCCAGAAGGAGUCCCAUAUGACGAACCCCCAGCUGUUCCCUACUGGCCCUACUCCACCUCGGACUUCUGGAACUACGUUGAAUAUUUCAGGUCUAUCGGAGCCUACAACCACAUCAACGAGAUGGCUCGGGCUUUCUACGCCCACCAGGCCCUCGGAGACACCCUGGGAUACGAGACCAAUGCAGGACAUGAACACUGAGGAGCGGAACGGGAAUUUUAGGGAAAAGAGAUCAAAACAUUCUGAUGAAAAGAGUGAAGGAAAAAGGGCGUACGGAAACACACACUUUAUAUCUUGCUUAAGUUCGAAGCAUAGCCAUAAAUAUAGAUAACAGUGUAGCUGUUGGUAGGAUUGCAGAAUGUAUCCAUGUACUGUGUAAGAAAUAAAUAAGAUAUUUCGCUUCUAGGCUCUAA